UCCCCAUCAAAUUCACCAUCAACAUGAGUGUGUCAUCCAUUCCCACCAUGUUUUCUGAGAGUCCAGAGCAGUCAUCAUCUUCUGAAUUCUCAGAUGAGCUCACCACGGCCCUUGCUGAGGGCCGCUGGUGGGCAAUAAUGGAAGUUUCAGAUCCCAUAUCUGAGGAGAAUGAGUAUGUGGACCUCAUCUCAGGCCAGUGGGGGGACACACUGGAGGCAGGAGAAACUUCAUGGCCCACAUCCCUGGCCUUCAGUGAUGCCUCUGAGAAGGCUCAGAGAACAUCCCAGCACUCUGACUUCGCAGAUGAAACACUGAAGACCUCAAAGCAGUGGAGGCAGAAGACAAUGCCCUUUUCUGCCAGGUCCAAACAGGGAGCACCUGUGUCCUCCAGUUCUGAGAAGGGGGACCUCACCUCACCCCCGGUCUUCAGUGGUGCAUCUGAGAAGGCCCUGAACUCAGGCUUCUCAGAUGCAGCACUAAAGACUACGAAGAAGCGAAAAAAGCAGAGACAGAAAAAGUCACAGGGAGCACCUGGUUCUGGGACAACUGAGGGCAGAAAGCUCACCUCAUUUCCGGUCUUCACUGAUGGAUCAGAGAAGGCUGAGUCACCACAGUGGAGGCAGAAGCCACAAAAAGCACCUGACGGGUCCACACAGGAAGCACACGUGCUUGUCAGGUCCCAACAGAACUCUGCUGGUUCAAAAAAAGUGGACCUCACCUCAUCCCUGGUCUUCAGUGAUGCAUCUGAGAAGCCUGAGAUCUUGGUCUUCUCAGUUGCAUCACUGAAGGAGAGAGACCAGAGGAGAAAGUGGAGGAAGAAAAAGCCACAGGUAGCACCCGUGCCUGUUGGAUCCCCACAGGAACCACAUGUGCCUGUCAGGUCCCAACAUAGAGGAAAACUCAAGAUUCCUGAUCAUCUGGUUAAGCAUCUGCAAAAGGCCUCUUCUGAACUGGGAGCACCUUUUCCUUCUAGGUCCCAACAGGGAGUGUCCCCGCAAGAAACACCCAAGUCUCUACAGAGAGCACCUGUGGCUGCCCCAAAUGGAGCACCCAUGAAUGACAAGAUCCCGAAGAGGCAAAAACUGAAAAUCCCUGAGCCGUUGAGACGGGAGCUGCUGCAGCAGAAGCCUCUAGCCUCUUCGCUUCAGGGAGUAUCUAUUCCAGCCAAGUUCAAACAGGACACAACUGUACCUGACAGGACUCCAGUGGAAGCGCUUGUACAUGCUGGGACCCAACAAGGAGCCAGUUCUCUGCAAGCAGCACCAGUGUCCGCGGAGUCUCCGAAGGGUGCAGCAGUGUCUGCGCCUUCCACCCAGGGAGCACCCAUGCCCUCCAGGAUCGCAAAAGUUGCGCCUAUGCAUUCUGGGACCCCACAGGGAGCACAUGUGCCUGCAGGUUCCCCACAACAGGAAGCAAACUUCAGGAUCCCUAUGCAGUGGAGGGAACAGUGGAGGCAGCAGAAUACCCCAAAGGGAGUGUCUGUACUUGCCAAGACCCCACACAGAACACUGACUUCUGACAAUGCAGGUGUGGACCAGUCACCUCCACAAAAACUAUAUGUGGAAAUUUACAACAAGGUGCAGCUGAAUCUUAAACUAAGGAGCCACAACCAUCAACUGCAUCAGAGAACCUGGUCCCAUCUGAACCGGAAAAGAGCAUUGGACAAUGCAGGUGUGGAUCAGUCUCCUCCACCAAAAAAGCCGUGUAUGGACCAACAGUUGGAACAAGAGCAGAUUGAAGAUUUAUGUCGCAUGUUCACUAAAUUUUGUGCGAUUUCACAUAUUUAA